CUUAUAAACUCAAUCUUAAAUAUUAACCUCAGAUUUGUUUACAAAAACAAAAUACAAAAGAUAAAACAGACAAAGGGUUCUUUGCUUAAGUGCUUGCAUGUCUUUUCCAUUUGAUCUCUAAAUUUUUUGCCUUUUUUUCAGUAUUUUUUUUUUGUCACUUCUGUAACAACAAUGGCGGAGUUAAACCCAUAAAGGAGGGUUCUUUACAAAACAUUUCCUCUUGCCUUCUACAGCAAAUUCCAGGUUUUAUGAACUGGAGUGACCUUUCUUGAUUAGAGGAUGAAUGAGUAGGGAAUUGAGUCUUAAGGGUUUAAUGGGGGGAUGGUCAAGUUUCAAUCAUAGUUCAGGUUCAUAUGUUGAUGUUAAGAUUGAGUAUAUUGAUGAAUGUGAGAACAGGUUAAGGAGAUUGUUUGAUCAAGCUCUGUUGUUUUUUCUUGAGGAAGAGGGCAAUGUAAGUUCCCUGCCUGCUGUUCUUGGUGAUGGCGAAAAUGUCGAUUUGUUUAAGCUCUUUGUGUUGGUUUGUGAGAGGGAAGGGUUUGAUUCUGUGUCUAGGAAUGGGUUGUGGGAUUCAGUAGCUGAGAAAUUAGGCUCGGACUGUUAUGUCUCCCCAUCUUUGAGGUUGGUUUACUCAAAGUAUUUGGACCGGAUGGAGAAAUGGGCGGUCGAGGAAACGAGGAUCUUGAACCGGGAUGGUAAAAAGAAAGGGUGUUACGGGGGUAUGUUACAAGAGCUAGGUAAUGGAUUCAAGGGUUUGCUAGAAAAUGGUAAUUGUCAAAAACGUAACAGAGCUGUGGCAUUAGGUUGUAACCUUAUAGAAGAGUCGUUCUCAGAGUUCCAUAGGAAGAGAUUUAGAGAGAGUAGAUAUGAUGAAGAAGGAGUAGGAUCUUCUUUUGUUGAUGUUCUUAAUGAGUCUGUUGUAUGUGCUGAGGAGAAAGGUUUGGAUUUGUCCUCAAAGAAGAAAGGAGGAGAUUUGCAAGAAAUGUUGCAAUGGCUGACUUCAGUUGCAAGAUCUCCUCAUGAUCCUUCCAUUGGUGUUAUACCUCACUGUUCUAAAUGGAGGUACUAUACUGGUAAAGAGUGUUCCAUCAAAGCGAUUAAAGCCAAAAACGCUCUACUUGUUCCAAGAGGCAAUGCUCUACUCAAAUAUCGAUGUUGUCCAAAUCUGUGUCACCAAUUUGUGCAUCCGUCUAUGUAUGACGAAGACAAUAAUGAUGAAAAGUUGUUAGCGAGGUCAAGAUACAACAUGAGGAGUCCAAAAUUAUCGAAACGCCGGUAUAGCUCGUGUAGCAGUUAUGGAAGAUUUGUCAGUCGUCUAAUGAAAUCAAGAUUGUGCAGAGAAGAAGAAGACCUUAUUGAAGAAGAAACAUCUGAAGCCAUAGACUUACAAGAGGAAAACGCAGAAGAUAUCCCGAAAAGGAAGGUUUGCAUAGGGCCUCGUUACCAAGCCCAACUGGAUGAAUGGACAGAAGGGGGUGUAGAUAGCGAUAGCAAAUGGUUAGGAACUCGUGUAUGGUCGCCACCAGAAAACAACGAAGCCUUGGAUCAAUUACAGCGGGGAGAUGAUUUGGCUGGCAAAGGAAGGCCAGGUUCUUGCAGCUGCGACGCCCGCCUCCCAUAUUCUGUGGAAUGCGUUAGACUUCACAUCGCGGAGAACAGAAAAGAGCUAAAAGGCGAGCUAGGCGACGUGUUUUUCCUUUGGAAGUUAGAUAAGUUGGGAGAAGAAGUGUGUCUUGGAUGGACAGAGAGAGAAGAGAAAAGGUUUAAGGACAUGAUCAUCGCGGAUCCGUUUUUCUGGAAAAAUACGGUAAAGUAUCUCCCAGGUAGGAAGAGGAAGCAGCUGGUGCAUUACUACUUCAAUGUGUUCUUGAUCAACCGCAGAAGAUACCAGAACCGUGUGACUCCAACAGAUGUAGACAGUGAUGAUGAUACUAAAACUUUUGGUUCUGUUGGUGGAAGAUUUGGUCGUGGUGCUGUUUCUUCAUGUGAUACAGAUAUGAUGAUCUGUUGUCUGAAUCGUCAGUGUGAAGACUAUUGAAGUGAAGCAGAAGAGUAGGGGGAAGAACAAGAGAAGAAGAAAAAGAAAAAAAAAAUUGUUUUUAUGUUUUUGUAUAAGCUUUUAACUCAUAACCUUCUUUUGAAAAUAGAAGUAUAGGAGUUGGUAGCUUUUUUUUUUUUUAAUCUUUUAAAAUUUCAGUAACUACAGUCCACAGUUUAGGUGUAACUUUUGGAAUCAGAUUGGUUUUUAGUUUUUCAAUGAAGUUUAAUUUUUUAGGUACA